AUGCCGCUGCUGUUCCUGGAGCGCUUCCCCUGGCCCAGCCUCCGCACCUACACGGCGCUCAGCGCCCUGGCGCUGCUGGGCGCCGGCCUCAGCGCCUACCGCGCCCUCAGCCAGGCGCCCGCCGGCCCGGCGCUCACCGAGCCGGCCGAGCCUCAGCGCUGCUCCGGCCCGCGAGCCCUGGACGUCGCCUACUACCUGCUGUCCGACAGCCUCUGCGUCUGGGUGCUAGUGAACACUGCCUGCUGUUUUCUGAUGCUGGUUGCUAAGGUGAUCCAGUGUAUGGUGUUUGGUCCUCUUCGUGUCAGCGAGAGGCAGCACCUCAAGGAUAAGUUCUGGAAUUUCAUUUUCUACAAGUUCAUCUUCAUUUUUGGCGUGCUGAAUGUUCAGACAGUGGAAGAAGUGGUGAUGUGGUGCCUCUGGUUCUCUGGACUCGUGUUUCUCCAUCUGAUGGUCCAGCUCUGCAAGGAUCGCUUUGAAUAUCUUUCCUUUUCUCCUACCACGCCCAUGAGCAGCCACAUCAGAGUGCUGGCCCUGCUCAUAGCCAUGCUCCUGUCCUGCUGUGGAUUGGCAGUUGUCUGUGGAGUUGUUGGCUACACCCAUGGCAUGCACACGUUGGCUUUCAUGGCAGCAGAGUCUCUGCUUGUGACAGUCAGAACUGCUCACGUGAUUUUACGAUACGUGGUUCAUCUCUGGGAUCUCAACCAUGAAGGAACAUGGGAGGGCAAAGGCACUUACGUCUACUACACAGAUUUUGUCAUGGAGCUAACCUUGCUUUCCCUGGACUUGAUGCAUCAUAUUCAUAUGCUGCUGUUUGGCAACAUCUGGCUGUCCAUGGCGAGCCUGGUGAUCUUCAUGCAGCUGCGCUACCUGUUCCACGAGGUGCAGCGGAGGAUCCGGCGCCACAAGAACUACCUGCGGGUGGUUGGGAACAUGGAAGCCAGGUUUGCAGUUGCAACCCCGGAGGAGCUGGCGGUGAACAACGACGACUGUGCCAUCUGCUGGGACUCCAUGCAGUCGGCGCGUAAACUGCCGUGCGGGCACCUCUUCCACAACUCGUGCCUGCGGUCCUGGCUGGAACAAGACACCUCUUGCCCCACCUGCAGAAUGUCUCUGAAUAUCACUGACAGCCACCACGUGAGGGAGGAUCACCAGAGGGAAAACCUGGAUGAGAACCUGGUCCCCGUGGCAGCAGCAGAAGGCAGACCACGCCUGAACCAGCACAAUCACUUCUUCCACUUUGAUGGCUCCCGAAUCGCCAGCUGGCUGCCCAGUUUUUCCGUAGAAGUGAUGCACACCACAAACAUCCUUGGAAUUGCACAGGCCAGCAACUCCCAGCUCAAUGUUAUGGCCCAUCAGAUCCAGGAGAUGUUCCCUCAGGUUCCUUAUCACUUAGUUCUGCAGGACCUGCAGUUAACUCGGUCUGUAGAGAUCACCACUGACAACAUCCUGGAAGGGCGCAUCCAGGUGCCUUUCCCCACACAGCGUGCAGACAGCAUCAGGCCUGCCUUGAACAACCCUGUGGAGCGGCACAGUGCUGACCAGGAGGAUGCUGGAACUGCCACACAGACCGAGAGAGUGCCUCUUGAACUCAACUCCAGGCUGGAAGAGAUGGUGGAAUUCAGCGAAAUGGAAGCAGAGCCCAGUGAAGCAGAAGAUUUUGAGGCCAGGGGAAGUCGCUUUUCCAAGUCAGCUGACGAAAGGCAGCGCAUGUUGGUUCAGCGGAAGGAGGACUUGUUGCAACAAGCUCGAAAGCGUUACCUGAACAAAACCUCGGAGGAGGAGCUGCCCCCCUCGAAGCCUUGUCCCGAGGGCGCGGCCGACGCGGUGACGCUGCGCCGCAGGACCCUCGCUGCCGCCGCCGAGCGCCGGCUUCAGAUGCAGCAGAACUCCUAGCGCCCCUGCUCCCUCCUCCUCGUGAGCAACCUUCAAUAAACAAAUCAAACACCAACCCCCUGCGCUUUCUGGGCCAGCAGGAAAGCGUCUCUUCAGAGCUCAGCUGGCUGUGCUGCCGAGUGAGCUGGCUGCCUCUCUGCUGUACAAAGCAUGUGGUCUAAUAAUGUUGGGACAGCUGACAAAUUAA